AAUAUAUAUUGUUACCUUAUAAUACAAGCUGCUCUGUUUCUACAAGUCCACCGGUUGUCCACUAAUGAAGAGCACGGGCCCUGUUUCAAACCCCACUUCCGGCCACUCCUAAAUGUCGCCGCUGCAAUUCGCCGCCGUAUUUCUAUUCAUCUCCGCCUUCGAUGCACUCGGUGCUGCCGCCUCCACACUCGCCGUCAGCUACGGCGACGCCAAUACUGUCUGCGGCAUCGUCGCCGAGCAGAAGAAACAGCGGAUACAAUGCUGGCGACAAAAUCGGACGGUGGACAUCUUGCCGGAAGUGUCGUUCGAGUCAAUUUCCGGCGGCCGGAAUGUGUUUUGCGGCGUACGGUCCGGCGGGUACAGCUUGAUUUGCUGGAACUCGACGUUUGUGCCGAAGAGAAUUUACUACGGUAAAGACGCGCUGUUGACGAAUUUAACCGUCGGUGAUGAUCAGAUAUGUGCGCUGAGUGAUGGGACUCCUAAUUUGAAAUGCUGGCGGGACGACGACGUUUUGGCUAAGCUUCCGGAUAAAUCGGCGACUUUUUCGGGGAUCUCGGCUGGGUUAGGGUUUACUUGUGGUGUGUUGGUGAAUAAUACAGUGACUUGCUGGGGAGGUAAUGAUGAAAAUGAUACUAUUUCUAAUUUUAUUGAAAAUGAAUUUGUUGGUUUGAAAAUGUUGAAUAUUGUUGCUGGUGGUGAAUUUGCUUGCGGGUUUAAUUUAUCGGGUUUUUUAGUUUGUAAAGGAAAAAAUGAUUCUGGACAAUUGAAUCUUCCUAUGUCGAAUUCAGGGUAUGAGUAUGAGUAUAAUGCAGUUGCAUUAGGAUUCAAACAUGGUUGUGCUAUAACGAGGAUAAAUAAUUCUGUUGCUUGCUGGGGCGGGAAAGGGGAAUUCAGUAGUAAUGUCACGGAUGGGGUCUCAUUUGUGUCGAUAGUUGCUGGAUUUAAUUAUACGUGUGGAUUGAGUGCGAGUAAUUUUUCUGUUAUUUGUUGGGGGCCAGGGUGGGAUAACAGUUCGUAUUCCUUAGGGGUUGAAUUGUCGUUGCCCAAGAUUCUUCCCGGGCCUUGUGUUGAGUCGAAGUGUGAGUGUGGUUUGUAUCCUCAGUCUCAAACACUUUGUUCGGGUAAUGGGGAUAUAUGUAGGAGUUGUGACUCGUUAGAGUCAUUUCCUCCGGUUUCAUCGCCUGUGGUGUAUAUUCCGUCGCCCUCUAAAGAUUUGAAAAAAGGAUUCUUGAUAUUGGCUAUUGUUGGAUGUGUUGGUGGUUUAUUGGCUAUUUGUACUGGAAUUUAUUUGUUAUGGACUGGGGCCUGUUUCGGUCACAAGAAAAUUCAUAGUUCGGUGCAACCAACUAUUACUAGAAAUAGUUCCAACGCUCAGCAUUCGAGUACCAGUCCACCUUCGAGGUCAUCUACUAUUAGACGGCAGGGUUCAAGAGUAUGGGGUCGUCAGAGGAGUGGAACCUCAGGAGUAUUUAGUCGUCAGAGGAGUGGAACCUCCGCAAAGCACGCGGAUAGGGCAGAAGAAUUCACAUUUGCAGAUCUUGUAGCGGCUACAAAUAGUUUCUCCCUAGAGAAUAAAAUCGGUGCUGGGAGCUUUGGUAUUGUCUACAAAGGUAAAUUAGCGGAUGGACGGGAAGUUGCCAUUAAAAGGGGAGAAACUGGUACAAAAUUGAAGAAGUUUCAAGAAAAAGAAAGCGCUUUUGAUUCGGAAUUGUCAUUUUUGUCCAGGCUUCACCACAAACAUCUGGUUAGGCUUGUUGGGUAUUGUGAAGAGGGGGAUGAGAGGCUCCUCGUCUAUGAUUAUAUGAAAAACGGAGCACUUUAUAAUCAUUUACAUGACAAGGACAAUGUGGAGAAGAGUAGCAGCUUGCUAAAUUCUUGGAAAAUGAGGAUUAAAAUUGCCUUAGAUGCUGCACGGGGCAUCGAAUAUCUCCACAACUACGCUGUUCCUUCUAUAAUUCAUCGGGAUAUAAAGUCCUCUAACAUACUCCUGGAUGCUAAUUGGACUGCAAGAGUUUCUGAUUUUGGAUUGUCAUUAAAUGGUCCAGAGUCUGAUCGUGACUAUAGACCAAUGAAGGCAGCUGGAACAGUUGGCUACAUUGAUCCAGAGUAUUACAGUCUAAAUGUUUUAACAGCAAAAAGUGAUGUUUAUGGUCUUGGAGUCGUGUUGCUUGAGCUUUUAACCGGCAAGAGAGCUAUAUUUAAAAGCGAAGAGAACGAGGGGACACCAAUAAGUGUGGUGGACUUUGCAGUACCAGUUAUCAUGGCAGGUGAACUGAUGAAAAUCCUUGACCCUCGGGUCGGACAGCCAGAGCUGAAUGAAGCAGAGGCAGUAGAGCUGGUUGCAUACACAGCAAUGCAUUGCGUUAAUUUAGAAGGUAAAGAAAGGCCAACCAUGACAGACAUUGUUGCUAAUUUAGAGCGUGCUUUAGCUUUAUGUGACGAUAGUCAUGGCAGCAUUUCUAGUGGCCCUAUUUCCAUUAUUUCACAGUAAAAUCCAGAUCUGUUUGGAUCAGAAUUAAAUCUUUUUAGUGGCUUGGGUCCAGAAAUUUAUUGGAUAAUUAUCUGUAUAUAGCUCUUCACUGUAUAGUGUAGGAAGCUAAAAACUAACAAGAUCUUUAGUGUAGGAUGUCAUACUGAUUUUCCUUUGUUAAGAAUUGAUAGGCAUGGCACACACAAUUUAUUUUGUCAGUUUGAAAUGGAUAAUUUCAUCUUUACACACAUCA